AUGCCCAAAAACGUCAUUCAAACACCCACAUUCACCAUCGUGGAAGAUAUCAGCAGUAGCGAGGAUGAAAGAGAAGAAGAGGAAAAUACUUCCGAUGAGGAAGAACGCAUUCAAAAAUUAUUAGAAGAAACUUCUCGAAAAAAGAAGAGGAAAAAGGGAGAUGACGUUAGUGCCGACUCGGAAACCAAGAACAAGAAGACAAAAUUGCCAUCUCUCAAUGUGAUGGAUAAUUUUGAUCAGGAAGUCAAGAUUGGAGAAGUGAAAGUAGCAAAACCAAUUGAUUAUGAGCAAUUGAAACAAUCGGAACAGACUAAAGGUGUAAUUUAUAUAUCUACUGAUUUCGGAAAAAACCCAAUUCCUCCCACAUUGAAAGAUGAAAAAGCGCUCCGAAAAAUGCUUGCAGAAUUUGGAACCGUUGCUAGAGUAGAAUCGAAAUAUGAGAGGAGAGGUUUACGGCAUGUCAGAGUUGGAUUUUACGUUGAAUUUGAGGAUAAGAACAUUGCAAAACGAGUGGCUCUCACACUUAACGGAAGCACCGUUUCUAGGAGCGACAGUAGAAUGUACAGUGUCAAGUUUCUACCUCAUUUUGAAUGGAGUGAAGUUGGAGAAGAGGAAGAAUUGCAAAAGAUGAAGCGAAAAUUACUUAAAGUGGAAGCACAAACUGAGUUACGAGCGAUCAAAGAAUUCAAAAAGAACAAGAAGUGGUCAGAGUCCAUCAAGAAUGAUAAGGCUCCAAAACCAAAUUCUAACUUUAGGUUCAACCAGAAGGCAGUAAUAAGGCAUGAUAACUCCACAACUUCACACAUUGACACACUCAAAAUUUUUGCACCAAAGGACGACUCAAAGCAGUCCAAGAAAAAUUGA